CUCUCUCUCUCUUUUUUUUUUCUUUAGUCUAUGCACUAUGGAAGUCUUGCGAUCUAAUUUUGAAGAAAAGCUUCCUGUUAUUGAACAAGCUAUGCUUGAAGCAGACUUUAUUGCGAUUGACACUGAGUUCACUGGUCUUACUACGCCUGAUAUUCAGUUUCAAAAUAUAGAUGAUAUCGAAACACGGUACUCGAAACUCAAGAGCUGUGUUCAAGAAUUCACAAUCAUCCAAUACGGUGUAUGCGCAUUUAAACGCAACCCAGAAACAGGCGACUUUAUGGCAAAACCUUUCAAUUUCUAUAUUUUCGGUGCAGAUACCAACGAAGUAUACAGUCGACGUAUUUUCUCUGCAACACCCAGUAGUUUGUCAUUUUUGCGAUCGAACAAGUUUGAUUUUAACAAAUUGAUUGAAGAAGGCAUUCCAUUCUAUAAUUUUACUGAAGAGAAUUCCAUGUUUCAAUCCAAUCAAGGCACAAGUGUGUUGAAUAGACGCACUUUAAUCAAAGAAUCCACAUUGACAAAGUCUGGCAAAAGCUUUUUAGAAUACAAUAGAAACUGCAUAAAAAAGUGGUUACAAAGCAAUACAGAGACACCCUUAGUGGUUCAGGUCAAUAGUAACUUCUAUAAGCGACUUAUUUAUCAAGAAGCGCAAGAUGCUAAGUACAAUGGAUUUUUACAAGCAAGUCAAAGAGAUAGUAAACAUAUUGAAAUUACUCGCAUCAAAGAAGAAGACAAACGAAAGAAGGCCGCUAAUGCGCCCAAACUCAACUUUCGUGCAGUGAUAGAAUUGAUCAAGAAGGCCAAUUGUCCAGUAGUAGCACAUAAUGCAGCUUUUGAUAUUCUUCAUACCGUGGACCAAUUCUGGCAAUAUUUACCCAAUCAUAUUGAAGAAUUUAAGAAGGUUGCAAAUGAUAUGUGGCCUAAUAUUGUAGAUACCAAGUAUUUAGCAGAAUACCAUCCUAGUUUGAGAUCAUGCUUUAAUACGUCUGUCUUGGGCUCAUUGUAUAAUACUGUAUAUGAAGAAUUAAAAGAAGCUGGACAGCAAGUUGUAAUGGAACAAGGAUUUGAAAGAUAUGUUGGCGCAGAGAAUGAAGUAGCACAUGAAGCAGGUUAUGAUGCUUAUAUGACUGGUGUUAUUUACCUUGCAUUUAUGGCAUUUAUUCGUGAAAAAAGAGAAGAAGACGAAAACAAAGCAGAAAAGAGAAAAAGAGAUUCUUUUGAAGAAGUAGCUAAGGUAAAUACACACAAGAAGUUUAAAGAAGAUGAUGAUGAGGAAGAAAAUAAAAAGGAAGAAGAGGAUGAAGAAGAGGGUGAAGAAGAGGAUGAAGAAGAGGAUGAAGAAGAAGAGUCUUCAGAAGAAGGAGAGCAAAGUGCUUCAGACUCUGAUGAAUCUGAUGUUGAAGUUUUGGCCAAGAAGAAAUCAAGCCUGUUUAUGGAUAAAUCAGUUACACCUUAUUAUGGUCGAAUCUUUUUAAUGCGUAGUGAUGUUCCAUACAUUAACUUAAAAGGAGAAGAAACAAUUGAAGUCCUUUCCUAUCCAAACAAAUUCUAUCUUCACAAUAUCCCUCCUGGUCUUACUAACAGUGCUAUUGAACGACUUUACCCUACUAUUCAGCCUACUGCUAUUUCCUGGGUGAAUGACAGCAAUGCCUGGCUUAUUCUUAAAGACGAAUCAAAGAUUCCGUUUGUCAAACUAGGCAUAUUAGGUCUUUCUGUCGUACAAAGCUUUUUACCUGGAUGUUCUCGUCAAGUAGAAGGUGAAGCAUAUGGGAUCACAAAACAAGCUGGACAGAUGGAAUUACUUUCUCACGAACAAUGGCAGGCAUUGUAUGGGCCCAAAAAGACAGUUAAUUACAAUAACACGGCAUCUGUCUUAUUAGCUAAUGGAUUGUCAGCCAAAACUAAUGAUGACAAUGCAGUGCCAAAAGGCGGAUCAAGUUAUGAUGAUUUAGACAUUCCAUUGCCUCCUAGUUUCACUGCUUCAUUAAAGAGAAAUAGAGAAGAUGGUGAUGAUGACAUAAAUCAACCUCAGACAAAGAACGCAAAGAAAGCUUGUUGAUGUCAUUUUUCAAUAAAUAUGUAAAAAUAACGUAAUGUCAAUGAGACGCGCUGCAUUAAAAAGUGCAUUCUGGG